AUGCCGACGCCCAGCGGCUUAUUGGCGCCGAGUUACGCUCCGCCGACGUUCUCCUUCUCCGCGUCCAAGCCUGUCUCCUUUAAUGCCGCGUCCAUCGCCAACGCACUCGCCAACCGGCCGCCGGAGCCGCUGCAGUUCCCCCAAGAACACAUUGAAAACGAGUUCGACGCUGUGGACCCCGAGUGGCGCCAAUGGAGUUGCCGGGACGUCCGCCUCAAGAUCCGCGCUUUUCUAGGCUCGAGGAAGAUGACGCAAGCGGCGUUCCUCAAGGUCAUCGACGUGGAUGCAAGCUUGUAUCGGAGGUUCAUGGCUCUAAAGGGGCCGGACGAGGGGGGUAGCAAUCCUACGUACAAAGGUGCAGCCAUCUUCUUCUACAGACGAGAGCAACAGGAGAAGAAAGAGGAGGCGAUGAAGCCCAAGGAGACGAAACGCACAGCUGCUGAGGUGAAUCAAGCGAAGCAGAGACUGAAGGUGAAACCGAAGGAGAAGAAGCGCAAGACUGCAGGGGAGAGAGAAGAAAAGGCCAAGAAGGCCAGAGACGGCAAGGAACUGCUCCGGAGGGUUGAGGACGUGGAGCUGCCAGACGUGGACGAAGAGGGCUGCGUACCUGUGUACGACGACUGCGACGAGAUCCGCAGGAAGAUUGACGAGUUCCUGGUUGAAGGGAUGGUGACCAAAGCGGCUUUCCUGCGCGCAUUGGGCAACGUCAAUUCCAACAGUAUGCGGAGGUUCAUGAGUCUGAACCGUGGAGCUGGCGCGGCGAAUGAGGUGUACCGGAAAGCCUACGCCUUCUUCGAGAAGAAGCGGAUAUUGGAUGGGGAGGAGAAGACCGUGCAGCGGCUGGCAAACGAGGACUUGCAAGGCCCUGAAGGGUUUCCGCGCCACGGCGUUAACAUGUAUUUCAUCGAGAAGGUUCUCGACCACUGA